GGCGGCUCCGCGGCCGGUUCUCCAUUCGCUGAGCCACGCUGCCCUUUCUCUACCACAGGAGGAGACUCCAUCUGAGAGGCCAGCAUUCUAAAAGUGCUAGGAAGUCCUCCUACUAGGUCAGAGAGCAGAGAAAGGCAGGCAGGCUGGGGGCGGGGCGGGGCUGUCGGGAGCCCCGCCCACUUUCCCCUGCGGGCCGGGUGCGAAAAGGGGAGCCAGAAUCGGAACCAGGACCCGGAGCCGGAGCCCGGAGCCCGGAGCCCGGAGCCCGGAGCCCGGAACUGAAGGCCGGAGCGGAGCCAGAGCCAGGACCCGGAACCGGAGGCCGCAGCAGAGCCGGACGCAUGGGGCCGCGCGUGCUGCUGGUGCGCAUGGGCCGGCUGCCCUACGCCGAGGCGCUGGCCCUGCAGGAGCGCUGGCUGCGGCGGCUGCAGGCGGCGCGGGGGCCCGGCGCUGAGGCGGGCGCGCUGCUGCUCGGGGAGCCCGCGGGGCCCACCUACACGGCCGGCCUGAGGGGAGGCCUGGAGCCCGACGAGGAGGCGCGGCUGCGGGCUCUGGGGGCCGAGGUGCGGCGCACGGGCCGCGGCGGCCUCGCCACCUUCCACGGGCCCGGGCAGCUGCUGGCCCACCCGGUGCUGGACCUGCGGCCCUUGGGCCUCCGCCUGCGGAUGCACGUGGCGGCGCUGGAGGCCUGCGCCGUGGGCCUGUGCCGCCGCCUGGGCCUCCCUGCCGCCCUCGCCCGGCCCCCGCCCUACACUGGUGUCUGGCUGGGCGAUCGCAAAAUCUGUGCCAUAGGGGUCCGAUGUGGAAGGCAUAUCACAUCCCAUGGUCUGGCUCUGAACUGCUCCACAGAUCUGACGUGGUUUGAGCACAUCGUACCCUGUGGCCUGGUGGGAACGGGAGUCACCUCCCUCAGUGAAGAGCUCCAGAGGCGGAUCACUGUGGAGGACGCCACAGAACCCUUUCUGGAAGCCUUUGAAGAGGCCUUCCAGUGCACGCUGACAUUGCACCACGAUGACAGUGACUGACAGACCUUUCCCAAGGGGUCAGCCCCAGGAACCCAGCAUCAAUCAAACUGCUGGCCGGGCUUCAAGAGGACCCAGGAAUGGGCAGACGUUGUUUGUAAUGAACACUGGACUUGGGGAUCAAAAGGUUGGGGUUCAGAUGUGGGCACUGACAUUGAACCAGCUGUGUCACCUUAGACGAGUCACUUCCUAUAUCAAUUUCCCCAUCUGUAAAAUGGGAGAAAAUCAUAUUUGCCCUACCUACCUCACAAGGCUUUUGUGAGGAAAGGGUUUCAUUUUAGGAGAAGGGGUCAGGAGAUAGGGGUUCAUAUUCCUGCUCUGACCCAAUCAACAUGCCUGUGGAUUAGGUGCUUUAUCUGUGAGCCUUCAUUCCCUUGGAUGGCAAUAAUAAUGGUUGUACUACCUACCUCACCAGAUUGUUGUGAAGAAAGUGCUUUGUAAGUCUUAAAGGGCUAUAAAAUGAGGUCAUAUAUUUUAAAACCCUAAUUAAAGCUAUAUAAAAGUGAAAGGUAUUUUUAUUCACUUAAUGACCUCAUGCUGGCAUAUGGCACGCUAAUGAGGGAAGACAAAACACAAAGGAGGGCUAGAAAGUGGGGAAGGUGGGUGCCCCUCAUACCUACCUGGGGUUAAAGGGAGCUGGUGAGCAGAUGCAGCAGUCUGGGGAGUGAAGUGUUUGGUAAGUGGGUCUAAAAUGAUUAAAAUAAUGAGAGGAAGCCGGAAGAGAUCUUGGCAAUCAAGUAGUCCCGGUCUCUCGUUUUACAGAUGAGGAAAUCUAAGCCCAGAUAGAUUGAGGGACUUUUCCAAGGAUAUGGAAUUAGUCACUAGGAGAACUGGGACUCAACAGUUCCCCCAACUUCCAAUUCAGGGAUUUGUCUUUCCCGUUUCUCGGCAUCAGCUUGUGACACGGGGCCUUGCUCAGUAAAUAUUUGUUGGCUGAAUGAUUGUGGGUGAACAAGAGCCAUAUCCCCUGGGCCCUAGCUUUCUCAUCUAAAAAGACCAUACCAUUCCCCUACCUCACAGAGCUGUUUAUCAUGUUACAGCAUCCUGGCUACAUAGCCAAGUAAUUAAUUUCACCAAAUCCUGAAAUCGUAAGGGCCUUUAGGGGUCAUCUAAUCCUACUCCCAGUUCUAGGACUAUUCAUGGUAACUCCUCAUAGGUUUGGUUCCUGUCUCCAGCUCAGCCUUUGGUCUCUCCAACACAGUAGCUUUCUUCCCUAAAAUGAAGGGGUUGGAUUAGAUCUUUAAAAUUCACUCCAUCUCUCUCAGCUCAUCUCUGACACUCUGUGGUCUAUGCUGUAAGGGCCUUAUCCUGCAUAAAAUCCAGGGCCUGGUGACUGAGUUCCAUUCAUUCAGGAGCCAAUGGGCAUAAAGACAUCAAGGCUGAUUGGGAUACACUGAGGGGACUGAAGCAAUGAGAAGGAAAGUUAUGGUGAUAUAAGAAGCAAUUAGAAAAGAGCUGGCCUUGGGAGUCAGGAAGGCCUUAGCUCAAGUCCUGCAUAGUAUUUCCUGAGACAAAUCCUUUGACCCUGAGGGGGUCUGAGGGUCCCCUCUAAGACUAUAAUUUGGAGAACAGUUUCAAAUCUUAAUUGGUAGAGGGGAAUUUCCUUAAGGGUUCUUUAUGUCAAUCAAUCAAUUGCAGAACAGUUUCUGAUCUUGUUAGAGUUUCUUCCCUAUGUCAGUCAAGCAGCAAGACUGUAGUAAGCAUCUAUAUAAUGUGGCAGGCACUGUGCUACAUCAGCAGAAACAAGUUUUGUCCCCCCUCCCUUUAAAAACAAACAAAUUGACUUUGGAUUCAAAAGACUCAGACCCAGCUAUAACACCUACUAGCUAUGCAAAGCCCUGGGCAAGUCAUAUUACCUCUUAGUUUACUCAUUAGUAAACUGAGGAUUGCAUGCUGCACUCUCCACCUUGAUCUGGUUGAGUUUCAAAAAAGGUUAGUAGCAUAAAAGAUGUGUUUCCUUAACUGUAAAUGGGGAUAAUAAUCCAGGCAGCUGGUGGCUCAGUGGAUUGAGUGCCGGGCCUGGACUCAGAAAAAACUGGGUUCACAUUGGGCUGCAGACAUUUACUAGCUAUGUGACCCUGGGCAAAUCAACUUAACCUCUGUUUACCUUAAACUCCUGGAGAAGAAAAUAGCAAACCACUGUAGUGUCAUUACCAAUAAAACCUUGUGGUCAGUAUUGGUGUGCUAUGGUCCACGGGGUCACAAAGAAUCGGACACAACUGAAUGACAAGAUGGUUGUGGGGAUCCAAUGAGAUAACAAGCUUUGGAAACCUGAAAGUGCUUUAUAAAUGCUAGAUAUUAUUAUCAAUCCAUCUAUUCUUCCUAAUACCUAUAUUUGUGCCAGGCUCUGUGCUAGGUCCUGGGAAUACAAAGAC